GCCGCCCCCCGUCACUAGGCGAUGCUGCAGCCAAGAUGGCGGCGGGGGCCGAGUAAGCGUGAGCGGAGGCAGCGGCUCCGCUCCCGGCGGUCUCCCCAGCCCGGGCAGGGGGAAGAGGAGGGAUGAGGCGCGUCCCUGGUCCUGGCUGGUUGUCGUGAGGGGCGCGGGCCAGCAGACACCAUGGCGGGGAUUAUUAAGAAGCAGAUCCUGAAGCAUCUCUCCAGCGAUCCCAGCUGGCUCUGGUGGAGAUUGGUUUGCUGUGAAUAUCCUUACUACCAAAAUGAGUACCAGAAGCUUCUCAGAAGCCAUGGCAACUGACCACUUGCUUUCACCAGGAGUAGGGGCCUUUUGUCUGAAUACCUUGCCCUCAGGUUCACCAAAAAUCUGUCCCCUGACAAGAUCAACCUGAGCACGUUAAAGGGAGAAGGUCAGCUGACCAACUUAGAGCUGGAUCAAGAGGUGCUUCAGAACAUGCUGGAUCUUCCCACGUGGCUGGCUAUAAACAAGGUCUUUUGCAAUAAAGCCUCCAUUAGGAUACCAUGGACAAAAUUGAAAACACAUCCCAUCUCUCUGUCCCUGGAUAAAGUUGUAAUGGAAAUGAGCACAUGUGAAGAGCCACGUGCCCCUAAUGGACCCUCUCCCAUAGCAACUGCAUCUGGACAGAGUGAAUACGGCUUUGCUGAAAAAGUGGUAGAAGGGAUCUCUGUUUCUGUCAACUCCAUCAUAAUAAGGAUUGGUGCAAAGGCCUUUAAUGCUUCAUUUGAACUUUCCCAGCUGAGAAUUUAUAGUGUAAAUGCAAACUGGGAACAUGCUGACCUCAGAUUUACCAGAAUACAAGAAGCUCAACGUGGAGAGGUUUUGACUUUUAAAGAAAUCAACUGGCAGAUGAUCAGAAUAGAAGCAGAUGCAAUCCAGAGUUCUAAACAUGAAAUCAUGAGUGCUCCUGUUCGGCUGAUUACUAACCAAUCCAAAAUUAGGGUCACGCUUAAAAGAAGGUUAAAGGAUUGUAACGUGGUGGCAUCAAAGCUGGUUCUCAUUCUGGAUGACUUGCUGUGGGUUUUGACUGAUUCCCAGUUGAAAGCCAUGGUGCAGUAUGCCAAAUCUCUUAGUGAAGCCAUAGAGAAAUCAACAGAACAGAGAAAAAGUUUGGCUUCUGAAACAGCACAGAGCUCUGCCCCAGCACCCAGCUCUCAGCAGGUGAAAGCACAGCAGACAACAGCAGCACCUGAUCAAAAUGAUGCAAUAGUAAAAUUGUUUAAUGAUUUUGAUGUGAAGGAAACUUCUCAUCACUUAGUAAUUUCCCAUUUGGACCUACAUAUAUGUGAUGAUAUCCAUUCAAAAGAAAAAGACUCAAACAGACGUGUUACAGGAGGGGCCAUGCAGCUUUCCUUCAGCUACUUAACAGUGGACUAUUACCCAUUUCACAAAGCAGGAGACAGCUGUGAUCACUGGAUGCAUUAUAGUGAUGCCACUAAAACCAGAAGUGGAUGGGCCAAAGAAUUGCUGAAUGAAUUCAAAAACAAUGUUGAAUUGCUAAAGCAGGCUGUGAAGGACCAGGUCAUAGAUUCUCCUCCCAUGUCACCACCUGCUCUCUCUCCCCAGAACCUACAAACAGGCAAGGAACAGAUACCGAAAGGAACAUCUAGGGCUUCCUCUGUAUCUUCCCAACAACCAAAGGGCAAACUGAUGUCUAGUCCUAUUGUGGUUAGACUUGCAGAUUUCAAUAUAUAUCAGGUUUCCACAGCAGACCAGUGUCGUUCUUCCCCUAAAGCUCUGAUCUCUUGCAAUAAAAAGUCACUUUACCUUCCUCCAGAAAUGCCAGCUAUUCAUAUUGAAUUCACUGAAUAUUACUACCCAGAUGGGAAGGACUUUCCUAUUCCAUGUCCAAAUCUGUAUGGCCAGCUGAAUGCUUUACAGUUCACCUUGGAUGAGAGAAGUAUUCUUUGGCUAAAUCAGUUUGUGCUGGAUUUGAAGCAGAGUCUUAUUCAGUUCAUGGCCAUGUACAAGUUAAAUGACAAUUCCAAAUCAGAUGAGCAUGUUGAUGUCAGAGUUGAUGGACUAAUGUUGAAGUUCAUCAUCCCAUCUGAAAACAAGCCUGAAGUCCAUAAAGAUCAGCCCCGUGCGAUUUCCAUUCAAAGCUCCGAGAUGAUUGCUACAAAUACGAGAUGCUCACCAAACUGCAGACAUUCUGAUCUAGAAGCUUUGUUUCAGAACUUCAAGGACUGUGAAUUUUUCAGUAGGACUUUCACCACUUUUCCCAAGUCCCAGAAGAAUUUCAAUCUUUUGCAUCCCAUCUUCCAGCGGCAUGCUCACGAACAGGACACUAAAAUGCAUGAUGUUUAUAAAGGGUACAUCAUCCCCAAGUUGAACAAAUAUGCACUAAAGACAUCUGCAGCUACUGAUGUCUGGGCUGUGCAUUUCUCCCAGUUUUGGAUAGAUUAUGAAGGGACAAAAAGCGGGAAAGGCCGACCGGUAAGCUUCGUGGACUCGUUCCCGCUCUCCCUUUGGAUUUGCCAGCCAGUAAGGUUUGCCAAGUCACAAAAAGAGCUUGUCUCACAUAAUCAGACCCCCCUGAACAUUCCAAAAAGCGAAUCCUGUGAUCUUGCUAAUAGACUGCAACGUAAAAAACUUCUAAGGGAGUAUUACAGCAGUGAGACAGAGCCCUUGGCCAACGGCAUUCCGACGUCGGACGCUUCAGGAGUGCUUUCUGAGGGCUCUUGCUCUGAUGCAGAUAUCCACGUUCUUGUCCACGUGCAAAAACAUGUCAGCAUGCAGAUCAAUCAUUACCAGUAUCUUUUUCUCUUGUUUCUCCAUGACUCUCUUGUAUUACUCCUGGAAAACUUAAGGAAUGAUGUAGAAGCAGUGACGGGAAAACCUGCAGAGCAAACAGAUGUCUGCAUUGGGAUCUUACUGAAAAGUGCAGAACUUGCCUUACUGCUCCAUCCACUGACUCAGGGAAACCCUUGUAAGUCUCCAGUUGUGGAAGAAGGAAGUCCUGUGGCAUCAGAACUCUCCCCUCUGGGAAAUGGGGAAACUCUUACUUCAGAGAGUAAAUUAGUUGGCAGUAAGAUGCAAACUGGCAUUACUAAUUUUGAUUAUGUAAAUGACUCCAAGCCUCUGAAUGCUGAAGUUAAUAAAGGGAUUUUAAUAGAUCCUCUCCUGUUUAAAUCAGAGAGUAGCAUGGAUUUUCAGAAAGGAGCAUCCUUUUCAGAUGAUGCAUCCGAUAAAGGUUUGGGGGAUACAAGUGAAGGAGGAAGCAGUGGACUUUUUAGUAGAAGUGAUUCAGAGGAAGUCUGUGGACCCCUAAGUGAGAAAAGUAGCUCACAGCCCAGGGAUUCAGCAUCCAUUUUUAAUAAGAGAGAAGAUUCUACUGAGUUUUUCACUGAUAAAGAGGAUGACAAAAACACAUUCUCAAACAAGCUGAAUGAACAGGAAGGCACAACUGAAGGCUCUCCUAACCAAGGUGCUGACUUGGAAACAGAAACUGCCUUAGAAUCUGAAGAGCUUGAAAUCAACAAAGUCACUUCAGUUAGAAUGUUUGCAUCUCAGCCUUCAUCAAGUGCAAAGCCUAAGGAACGCUGCCUGUCCAACCUCCCUGCAUUCUCUGUUUCUUACAAGAAUAUGAAGAGAAGUCCAUCACAAGUUUCUCUGGACACCAUCUCUAUUGAUAGUAUGAUGCUAGAGGAUCAUCUGAUAGAGAGUGAUGGAAGCGACAGCCAAAGCUUUCUGGAGAAAGGUAUUACAGCCACAAACUAUCAAAGCCCGUCAGAAAACACCCACGAAGGAGGCCCAGUGAUUGAAAAUUGUGAUGGCUCAUCUCCAGAUGCCAUGAGUGCUGCUUCAGAGAAUGCCCAUGAAACUGGGGAAGAAAUGAUGUCUGUUGUGGUGUUCCAAAUAUUUGGUGUUAAUGGUGAAAUUGACAUCCGAGGUGAAGACACAGAAAUAAGCCUGCAGGUCAACCAGGUGAUACCACAUCAGCUGGGAAACAUCAGUGUCCGGCACUACCUUUGCAACAGGACUGUUGGUUCUGACUGUAAGUCUGUGGCUGGACCAGUUAAUUCAACACCUGAGAUUAGUCUCAGAUGGGAAAGUGGGCCCAGUGCUGUCAAACACUCUCUGCUGGCUGUGAAAAAUGGUUUCCUUCAGUGUCAUGUAGAGAACUUCAGUGCUGAAUUCCUGACAUCUUCCCUGGCCAACAUUCAGCAUUUUCUGGAAGAUGAAACUGUCGCAGAAGUGAUGCCUAUGAAGAUAAAAGUUUCUAAUGCAAGGAUUAAUUUGAAAGAUGACAGUCCACGGGAAAAUCUGAAGGCAGCUGAGCUGGUACCCAUCAAACUGCAUAUUGACAUUCUCUGGAUAGAGAGAAAUGAUGAUGGCUCAUUUCUCAUUAGAGACAAUCAAAGAGUAAAUGAUGUGUCAAAGAUGAAGAGUUCAAGUAGUGUGUUGCAGCAAGCAGCUGGACCUGCUGGAGAUAAAACACAGGACCAAGCCACGCAGACUACUUGGGAAAUUCCCAAACCUUCAAAAUCAAACAGGGCUUCACCUGACUUCCUUAAAAAUGAGCUCUUUGAAGAAAAUGAAUGUCUCAAACAGGAACUGGCAAAAGCCAAGAUGGCUCUUGCUGAGGUCCAAAUGGAGAAGGAUGCUCUGCUUCAUCGCAUCAAGAAGAUGAACAUUGAUCAUCAGUAGGAGAGUGUUCUGUUGGGGCGAGGCAUCAUCGACAGGACGCCAGGCGACGGUGGCAUCUAACAUGCUGUUUGUAAAUUGCUGGCAGACAUGGUUUGGCUUUUUUUGUCACAGACAAAGUUUUCUCAUUGCAAACAGAAUGUUUGUGAACUGGUUCCUAUUCUUAAAUUAUCAUUAAGCAUUGUCGCUUUUUUCCCAGCCCGUUUUCAACUGAAAUGACUUUGUGGGGUGGGGGGAGAGCAGUUUCUACUGUACUUUAUUAAUUUACUGAAGGGAAAAAAAAAAAGUCAUAUCCUCUACUUUGAGUAUUAUCAAAGGAGGUGUUAUUUUUAAAUUGCUUUCUGAGAAGUGGGUGGCUCAGCAAUGACAGAAGAUGCCUAGAUGCAUAACUGAGUAAAAUGUACCACGCCUCUUUCACAAACCGAACCUCUGCUCGUUAAGGUUGUGUUGUUCUGUUGCUACCAGGUGUCCGUACAGGAGGUUACAUUUGCACUAUGAUGAUUAUGGGCUAGACCCUCUAGAAUAGUAUAGCUAUUUGAAAAUUCAAAGAGCAGCCCUAAAAUGGCCCUGAAUUUAGUGUAAUUUGCCCAGAGAGGAUUUUAAGACUAAUCCUCUGGUGCUAUAGAGGUUCCACAUCCCCUUUCCAUAUGCGCUCCUAAAAUACCACAGUAA